GCUUAGCACUACCUCGCAACAGACUCGUUCUCAUUCUCAGAUUGAGUGACCAAUUUACACCCAGGCAACCCCUACUAUUACAGUACUGUUUCAGUUUCCAUACUGUCAACAUCGUCAUAUGUGCUCCUGUCUCCUCGUUCAGCCUGUUUCGUCCAAGUCUUGUUGGUCCUGUCUUAUGUAUAGAGAUAUUUUGUUGUUUUGUUUCAACUGACGCGCAGUUAUAUAGUGAAGGAAGUUGCGCUGUCAAAUAUUUACGUCAACCGUCAACACCAGGAAGUUCGACCGUCCGAUUCAUAUACUCAACACUGAAGUUCAUCGUCCACGUACAGUACGUACGUAUAUUUGGGCUAACUAUAUGUUCAUUACUUUUAUUUUCUGAUCGUUGUUAGAAAACUGUUUGGCGUGUUCGAGUAGUUCCCAUGACUAUCUUGCAAGGUGUCAUGUCUAAUAACGGGACCGAUGUUGACGUGAAGCCACCGCUUCUCCACCAGCCAGCAACACAGCAGACCCAAGUUCAUCAACUCAUACAGCCGCAACCACCGACACAGCAGACCCAGCAGAGGCAAGAUGUCCAACAAUUACAGCAACAAACCGGCCAAGAGACACCCGAAACACCUUCUGCGAAUCCAGAUAAAGCCACUCCGCCAAAGAAAGGCAGCGCUGGAGUCCGCCGCCACGAGAAACCGCCUUAUUCGUAUAUUGCCCUUAUAGUAAUGGCGAUCCAGAGCUCACCCACCAAGAGACUGACCUUAAGCGAAAUUUAUCAAUUUCUCAUGAACCGAUUUCCGUUCUUCAGAGGACCUUAUCAAGGAUGGAAGAAUUCGGUUCGUCACAACCUUUCCCUAAACGAGUGCUUCAUCAAGCUACCCAAAGGACUAGGCAGACCUGGAAAGGGACACUACUGGACAAUCGAUCCAGCAAGUGAGUUCAUGUUCGAGGAAGGAUCCUUCAGGCGUAGGCCGAGAGGUUUCCGGCGAAAGUGUCAGGCCUUAAAACCGUACGGUAUGCUGAACAACAUGGGCGGUCAUCCACAAAUGUAUCCCGGCGCAACAUUCGAUAUGCUUGGGCCCCAGAACGCGGCAACCUCGCCAACGUUUCCCGGCAUGAGUUGCACAAUGAACAAUAUUAACGGCUCUCAGGGAAUGGCCGAUGCAAUGGGGAUGAUGGCUACAUCGCCGAUCGUCAGCGGCAAUAUCACCACACCUACACAUCACACGUCCGGCGGCGGAGUCAACUAUAUGGCGAGCUGCUCUUUGGCGAAUAGAGACAUCGGAGACUACGGUGCGAUUCCAAACAACACAUCGCCGACUAUACCGACGGUAUACACGCAUAACAACAUGGAAAAUCACGGCAUGCAUUCUGCUUGGUCUCACACGCCACGCUACAUCAAGCAACAGAUGGACUGCAGUCCAACGAACUCACCUACCCCUAUCCAAUUGAUGGCCGCCGCAACAGAACAAGCGCAAUAUAUGCACCAAAGUAAUCCCGACACGAGCGACCAUAUUACAGGAAUGAGGAAUAUGCAGUCGCCACAGACAAUGAACGAUCCACACGGCAUCUGCGAACGGAAAUACAUGCUGACUAACCACGCCGGACAACCGAACGGUUCUGUAACCGUCACACAAGCGAAUUACUACGAUGUGAAAUGCUCGAUGUAAAGAGCGAGUCGAACGUGGGCUGGAAAUGAGACACAAACAAUAACAGUGCUAGAGCAUUUGCACCCACGGAUAAAAGAUAAUUCAAUUUAUUCUGGAGCCAGAAUCCACUCAAGAACCGAUAAGGCACUUCCAAAUGUACUGUGCGAUUAAGUGGCUACAUCGUGCCAUGCGGCAUGACUCUGCGCUGCAUAGACACCGCCAACAGACAUCAUUAUUUUAAUUUUUUUUAUCGCAAAACCGAAUAUACUUUGGUAUGUUGGACAAUUUGGGUAUUAUAUAUAUUUUUUUUUUAAUUUUGGGACGUAGAACUUAUAAUGCGAAUAUAGUGAUAAGCUUUAUGGGUAAGAGUCGGGGGGAAUUUAGCAGGAAUUAACAAAAAUCGGAUAAGCUGAAAUCCUACACUAUAAAUGUACAUUAGAUGACUACGAACGUCGUGAAGACUGCGAUAUGUGUGGCCACAGAAUAGUUAGAUAGUUUAGCAGGAACCAGAACAAGGUCUCAUCUGACUGCCUCGCAGUAGUUACUCUCCACUUUAAUCGACAACAAAUGUGCUGCUGUAACUUUGUACAAAAUAGCCAGGAAGUCAUGCAUCGAAGUCUGCUCGCGCUUGUUGCCGUUCUGUUGUAAACGCAAGUCCCUCCGUAUUUAUCUUUGCCGCCUCUACAUCAAUAAUGAGCGAACAACAUCGUGCGUGAGAAAGAUAUCUUCUGUUUCUUAUCUCUGGACGAUGGCGAUUGACUUUUAUUGUACUCGUGUUGUGUUAAUGUGUGUAGCAUGAUAUUGGAUGGGUUGGUUCACACAGAAAUACUAGUAUUUUCUAUACAUGAAUCGCACAAUUAUAUUUUUGUUUCAAGUUUUGUUCAAGUGUUCGAAAAAGCGCCAUUUUGACUUCACGUUUUCGGUUCUUGGAAAGGUGGUAUAAUAAUCAAAAUAAUAUAUUUAUGAGUAUGGUAGAUACAAGUAGUAUAAUAACAUCUGAUUUAGAUUUUAUUUUGAUAUAUAUAUAUAUAUAUGUUUGUUGUUUUACUUUGCAUGUUUCGCCUAUGAAAUAUUAAAUACACAUAUCCACGUAGUCGUUUUCUUAGAUCGAUCAUUUGUAGUAUGAAACCAUUUUGAGUAUAUAGCGUUUUGAGUCCUGUGAUAUCGUAAUUAACGUGUGGCUAGAAUUUCACUGCUGGACAGACCUUUUAUAAUCCGAAAAAAAACACACAUUUUUCUAGUGUUUUAAUCGGCAAAACUUGUUAUAUAUUCAUUCUGUUUUGUUCGUUUUCUGUAUUUAUCCAGAACAAUUCUUCUGCGUCCAAGGAAGGUAUCUUGGACCAAAGACGGAAAAUUAUAUUAUAAAAGAGGAUUUAAUAAAAUAAAGAAUUAAUGUUUGCAUAUACAAGG